CAUAUUUGGCUCAAACUUCGCAGAGCAAACAGCCCGAGCGGAAGCAGAAAGUAGGUCCAAACCAUUUUCUCCACUUACCUCUCUAAUGUCAAUUACCAUUGUUGGCUGCUGCCGCCGCCGCUGUGUCCGCGUCGCUCCGCCCCUCCGUGUGUUGGAGUCUGAGUCCGGCGGGAUAAGGGCAGCUCGUCUCCUCGUGCAGCCGAUCAGCUGGACUUCUUCCCAGGGACGCAGAGGAAGCAGAAAGCCGGAGGGAGGGAGGGGGAAGCAGGCAGAGAGUCGCCGGACUGACCCGACCACAUCCAGCCAGAACCCGGGGGGUCCGCACCAUGUCCUUCAGCCCCAAACACUCCACCCCCUUCUCAGUCUCCGACAUUUUGAGCCCGAUGGAGGACAGCUACCGGAGGUUCGGAGGGAUGGAUCACACCGCGGGGAGCCUAGGGUCCCCGCUGGGCGCCUACCGGCAGCCGCAGGUCUCCCAGCCCGGUAUGCAGCAUCAGCAGCAGGCGCAGCAGCACCAGCCGCCUCAUCUUCACCAUCAUCACCACCACCAUCACCAUCACCACCUGUCCUCCUCCUCUUCAUCCUCAUCCUCCUCCUCUUCCUCAGCCUCAGCAGCAGCCGCGGCCGCGCUGGGACCCGGCGGGCCAUAUCACGUGCCCCACGGGGUGCCGCAGUUCUCCGGGGCCGUCGGUGGUUUCUGCAACGGGGGGAUCGGGAACGUGGGAGAACUGCCGUCCUACCAGGAGACGGUGAGGGGCGGAGGGGCGGCGGCGGCGGCGUGGUACAGCAACCCGGAGCCCAGAUACCCCACAAGUAAGAAGUUCUUGCAAAGAAAAGUUUGUUUUUUUUUAAUUCGAGAAAAGUUUCAAAAAGAUGGAAAAUGAGCGCGGGGCAGUUUGGCCUCCUGAUUUUAAGCACGAUGGAAACAAACGGGAAUGUUUUAAAACGUGUGUCUGAUUUAGAGCAUGUGUUUGAUCAUGAAUUCAAUUAUGACAGAGACUUCUCAUGACAUCUUAAUUUUCUCCGAAUGAUCUUUGAGUGUUUUAUAAAAUCCCUAUCAAGAUUUAUUUUGGUGACUUUUACGCACGAUGGAAACAAACGCAAAGUUUUAAAACGUGUGUCUGAUUUAGAUUAUGUGUUUGUUCAUGAAUCCAAUUAUCAUAGAAACUUCUCAAUGUGUGUUUUAUGACAUCUGAAUUUUCUCCGAAUGAUCUUUCUCUGAGGUGUUAAAAAAAUCACCUGAAGAUUUAUCUUGGUGACUUUUACGCACGGUGGAAACGAACGGCGAUCUUAUCGUAAAUCUGUCCAAUUUUCAAGUUAAACGAACAAAAAGUGAAUGAAUUUUUACAUCUUUUCUAGUGACAUCUACACUUCCUCUAAAAUCACAGUCUGCUUUCAAUCAAGAGGUCAAAAAAUCCCCCCCAUAAUUUGGUUUGAUGGCGUUUACGCGCGUAUAAAAGGCGCAAUAACCAAAUAUUUAACCAUCAUGUGGUGAUUUUAAAAUUUUAUUUCAUGUAGGUCUUUAUAAUAUUUGAUUUACACGUAUUUUAUUUUAAAAAAUUUUGUUGGAGUUUUUGCAGCACUUUGAGAAAAGAUUCUUUCCAAUGGGAUUUGAGUGUAAAAACAAACAAACAAACAAACAAAAAACGGCAGUAAAUAGAUUUUAUUCCGUUUAUUCAAAGAUGUUUUGAAUAUUCUUUUAAGUUUCCAGAUUCAUGGGCCCCUCCGCCGGGAUGAACAUGUCCGGGAUGGUGGGCUCCCUGGCCGGGAUGGACUCAAGCACCAAGUCCAUGGUGACUCUGCACGCGGCGCCGCGCAGGAAGCGGCGGGUUCUCUUCUCGCAGGCUCAGGUGUACGAGCUGGAGCGGCGCUUCAAGCAGCAGAAGUAUCUGUCCGCGCCGGAGAGGGAGCACCUGGCUGGACUCAUCCACCUCACCCCGAACCAGGUGAAGAUCUGGUUCCAGAACCACCGGUACAAACUGAAGCGGCAGGCCAAGGACAAGAGCACGCAGCAGUUGCAGGAGGGAGGCGGAGGUGGAGGUCUGUGCCGCUCCUCCUCAGUGUCCCCGGUUCUAUCAAAGACCGGUAAAGGCUGCAGGACCGACUCCAGCAGCUCCAACCAGACCGGGAACAGACAGAGCAGCGCGGGGGAGGCCAUGACAGGGCCUCCGCAGCAGCAGCAGCAGCAGCCUCCGCCAGCAGCAGCAGGUGAACCAGCUCUCCUCCACGGAGGAGCUCGAGGAUUUGUCUCCGAGUCCGCCGCUGGGACUGCACGCGCAGAUCAACAUGACGCAGACGGACGCGGCGCUAAUCGAGUACACAAACAGCAUGAUCGGCUCCAAUUUACUGUACGGGAGGACUUGGUAGUCACACCGAGAGGAGGACCGGUGGGACCCGGACAUGAGUUGAUUUUUUGUGGACAACAGAAGUACGCUUUUUUCCCUUCUCUGUUUCCGCGCGUAAAGAUCUGGCUCUUUUACGCACGCAGGGACUCAAAGGACACGCGCUGGUUUUGAGCGACAAGGUGCAAAAAUAUAAAUGUACAUUAGAGCCAGAACAUGGCCUGAAGGGUUUCAAUUUUUGUUCCCCCUCUGAAAGACAAUUUAUUGGUAUUUACUUUUUUUUUUAAAUCGUAAAAAUGUUUGAUUUUCGAUGGAGGAGAAAAAACUCAGAUAUCCUGAUAUGCGCGUCCUCUGUGCUUCUUUUAUUCCCAAACAAAGUCAGAUUAUUUCAGGGUCAAAAAUGAAGCUAUUUCAGCUUUUUCUUGGUUAAAAUUUCUACCGGGUAAUAUCAGUUCAUGUCUUUGUUACAGCUUUUUUAAUCUUUCAGGUUUUGAAUUAAUUGUUUUUUGACAUUUUAAAUGUUUUUUGAGGCGAAAUUAAAGUGUUGGUUAUUUUUUAAAAACUGAGAUUCUUAAAUGUUGAAUCAGUCUGAAGCAGAUCCAAAUGGAUGUGGAUUUAGACGGAGGUUUGUGGCGCCACUUUGAUGCAUGAAUGUUCAGGAAUAUUCGCUCAGAGUUCAAACUGCAGAUUUUUUCAGUGGUUCAUCCAAAUAAUCGUUCGCUAAUUUUCACUUUUUUUGUUUUGCGAUUGUUUAUUAAAAAUGAGAGACUUUUUUUCAGAGUGUUUGCCUUUAAUUUAAAUUCACAGGAAACAAAUGAAUCCUGUCAGACAAAUUUAAUAUGGACAAUUUUAUUUUUUGUCUUUUUUUUAACACUUGGACCACUUUGGAGAGACUCCUCUCAGAAAUAAAGACAUGAGGACUCUGUGUCCGUGACUCACUUGUAUUUGACAAGUUUUACAGGCCGGCCAUCUUAAAAAUCACAAGUUACAGAGAGUAAGUUUUUUUUUCUUAGUCAAAUAAAAAUUGAGAGAAAAAAAAUCAUUUUACAAGAAGACAAUAAAAUGAAAAAAUGUGACAAGUCUCCCCUACAAAUACCAAACAGCCCCACCCCCUUCAAACUGAGUCCCUCAGUCCUCUUUAGUCCAGGUCUAGUUCCAGUUGUAUUUUCUGGAUGGAGGAGGGGGAGGGUAACCUCUGCUGGAGCCCUGAAACACACACAAAUACAGAAAAUGUACUCUUUUUUUUUAAACCAGGAAAUACUUCAAAUGUAAAAAAAAUAAUAAACUCUAAAAUUAUUUCAACACUAAAAUUAUUUCAACACUUUCAGAUUUUUUUCCUUAAACAUUCAGUUGAUAAUAAAGAAUAAUAAUUAAUGAAAAUAUAAUAAAUAGGGCAAAUAAUGCUUUAUUAAAUGACCUAUGAACACCAGAGAAUCAGCAGCUUAAUUUGGGGGUUUAACCAAAUAUAAAAAUCAAAGAUCCAAAAUCACAGUCAAAUUAAAAAGUCAAAACUUUGGAUCAAACUGUAAAUGUCUUUUUACUUACCUGAUGAGGUUUCACAGUAAACAGCUAAUUUCAGCUUUUCAGAAACAGAGAUUACAGAUUUUAUAGAUGUAUAGAUUGAAAGGGUGUAGAGAUUAGACACCUUUAUCAAAUUUCAUCCUCUGUCCUCUGCAGCAGAUUCACCAGACUUAGAAAACAAUAUUUCAUUGGCACUUUUAAUUGAUCCUUUAGACCACCUGACACUGAAAAUAAAUACAAAAUCACAGGUUUGAAAGGAAAAAAACAUAUAAAAUUUAAAAGUAAUUUCUCUGUGUAACUGCGGCUCACAGUUCUGAGGUUUAAAGACUAAACUGCUCCCCUUUAGUCUCUUUACUGAUUACUGGGAAAGUGUGUGGUCUAAUGUUUGAUGGUUCGAUCCCUGACUCAAACCCCAGCUAUAAAAAAAGAACAGAGAAAGUCUUUAUAGUAAGACAGAUCCGUUUAAGAGCCGAAGAUUUCUGUCAGGGACUCUAGAAACUGAAGGUAAGUGAAUGAAAUCUGAUCAGUCCAGUUUGAGCGGACCCCAACACUCAUAUUACGUUUCUAUAAAUAAAAGCAGGAGUCUUUUCACUGACUCACUCUCACUUCUUUUAUAUUUAGCUGAUAAUCUAAAUAUUAAGGAGCUGAUAUUCAGAUGAUCGUCUGCUCCUGUGUUGGUCCAGAACCAGUUCAGAGUGUUUUAGCACAUUUUAGAGUCUCUGAAAAAGACAAAUUCAGUUUCUAAUGAGUCCAGAUGUCAAAUGAAAGUGUUCAAAUCAGUCUGAAAAAAAACCAGACCAAAGCAAGAGAGAAGAAAAAGUGCUGAAUUAUAAUAAAAACCACUUUUAAGAGCUGAACUAUUUGGAGGCCUGAUAGAAUCCAGCAAAGGUGGUUAUUUUUCUUUAACUUUUCUAUCUUGAGCUCCCCAGAUUAUCAUCCUGUCCACACAGGAUUUUAUUAACUUGUUCCUAAAAGUUUAUGAUCAUGUAGGUAAAGUUGAACCAACAUUCUGUUAAAACUGUUACCUGAUGCACAGAAGAGGUUUGUGUCUCAAAGAUUAUUGAGUUAGAAAAAUAAACAAGAUGAAAAGAAAGUUCAGGUUCGUCACAAACUAAAUACCGUUUUCACAACAUUAUCUCUUAAGUGAAACAUGAAACUGUGUUGUACAAUAGUAUAUAUUUUCAUGACAUCAAUAUUGAAUGACAAAAAAACAACAACAAAAAAAAAACAUUAAAGUUUGAUUUUAAAAUGGAGAACAUUUACAGCCAAUCACACAGUUUUACUGGUGUCAGUGAACAGAUUUCAGAGCUGCAAAUAUGAACUCAUCUGAACAAACAGGAACAGAUACUGAGAUUAAAACAGACUGGCAGGCUUCAUCAGGUCGAAAAAAUUUUAUGUAAACUAAAAUACGAAGUUAACCAAGCAAAAACUGAAUAUCUAGAGACUAAAGACUUAAUUUAAAUUAAAAAAAUAAAAGGAUUCUUUAACCAACAGAGAGUGAAGGCGUACGUCCUUCUAGUUUGAGCUUUGAACACUUUCUAUGAGAUGAGUGUGAAACAUGCUGACGCCAACUGGGUCACAUGUUACAGAGCCAAAGGAAGAAUUCUGUUCAAGAUUCUGACUUUGGUCUAAAAGCAAAAAUCAGGAUCAGAUCAAACUCUGAGAUCAAAGUUAAAAUUUUGGGUCAAAGUUGGAAUCCUGGUUUCAAACACAGAAGAUCAAAGAGAAAAUUUCAGAGUAAAAUUAAAAGUUUUCGGAUCAAAGUUGGAAUGCUGAGAUCAAAGUUUAAGGAUGGAAUUCUGAGUAAACACAAUUCUCAGAUCAAAGUUCAAAGGAUUUUAGAUUUAACUCAGAAUUCUGAGUCUAAAUCAGAAUUCUAUAAUCAAAGACUGAAUUCCAGGUUAGACGUCAGGAUUCUAAGGUCAAAGUCUGAAUCCUGGAAAUUUCAAAAAUUAAAAUCCCAGGAUCAGAAUGAAGAGAUGUAGUCAGAGUUUUUAAAUCAAACUGAAACUUUGGCUCAAGGAUUAAAAUAGUUAAUCAAAUGAAAAUUCUGGGCAAGGUCGUAUUUUUUCAGUUAAGGAUUCUGGGUGAAAAGAAAUUAGAUUUCAAAAAAAAAAAAAAAAAAAAAGAGGAAAAAACAACACAUAACACAUUGUACACAUUUCAGGACAUGCGUAUAUUGACGCAAAACUUUCCAGCAAGAAACAGAGUAAAAAUUCUGAAGGACAAUCUGCUCGCUGAGAUCCAAAAAUUAAAAUGCUUUUACUCUGUGAUUUAGGCUGUGUUUAUUUUAAAAAUGAAUUUAGAGAAUUUAAAUCGCAUGUUUGGAUUUUACAUAAAUGCUGGAAAUCUAUAUCAUCUCUGUAUCUUAAGACUGAUGCACGAAUGUUUGGGUUUUAAAUCUUAAAUGGGACUGUCAGGAGGUGAAGUUCCUGACAAUAAUCAAUAAAAAAAACUGAUGAAUACAUUGAUGAGUAAAAACAGUCAGAACUCUACAGGACAGACUUUUAUUCUUUAAAGCGACAGAUUUACCUGAUGCUGUUGGCCCCGGUUGUCACGGCGAUCGUGCCAGUCAUCCCUGCGUUGGUCGUAGCGCUGCUGGAAACCGCCUGGCCCCGCCCCUCCCCGGCCCCGGUUCUGCUGGUACGCCGAGUGCUGCAACUGCUGAGCUCGAUCCCAGCCGUGACCCCCGCCCCC